AUGCAAAAUGGAAAGGAGGUGGAGGGCUCGAAGCAGACUAGCGGGCUCCGCUUUUUCGCCAUCUGGCUCUCCCAAAACCCUGAAGGAGAGGAAAAAAAAAAAUUGAGAGCAUCAGCUUCAAUCCCUCCCCAACCCAACACUCUCAACACCACAACAGACUUCGAGAACUACAUCGACAAGUCUUGUCAUUACCAUCUCUCAUCAUGUACGCAUCUCAUCAAACGUACCGCCUUCCGCGCUGCAUCUGCCGCACCGCAGAUUCAGGCCCGCAGCCUCACCUCCGCCCCAUCCCCCUUCGCUCUCCGCAACAAGACCCAAGCCGCCAUCUCGCAGUUCCAGGUCGCGGCUCGCAAGUUCAGUGACGACGCCGAGAAUGCCGUGAAGAGAGCAAUGGAAGCUGCGUCUGCACCUGAGGGCUCAAACACUUACACAGGUGGCAAUGCAGGUGGCUUCGGUGGCUAUCCUCCUAGAGAGCCGAGACAGUACGAAGACAGACGCGGCAGUGGGUCCUACGGGGGCGAUCGUGGCGGAAGAGAACCCUAUGGACGUGGUGGAUACGGGGGCGGACGCGGUGGACGUGGUGGCUAUGGUGGCGAUCGUCCAUCGUACGGAGGACGUGGAGGUGGAGGUUCAUCCUAUGCUGAUCGCACACGUCCUGCUUAUCCGGAGCGUGUACUACCUGCGCCGUCGAAUUCCAUAUAUGUGGGUAACUUGCUCUUCGAUAUCACCCAGGAGGACAUACAGAGGGAAUUUGAGAGCUUCGGUCCGAUCAAGAGUGUCACGAUUGCGUCUGAUAACCGAGGUUUGAGCAAGGGAUUCGGCUACGUCGAAUUUGAAUCCAUCGAGCAAGCCACCGCCGCAAUUGAAGGCAAGAACCAAGCUGUUCUCGAGGGCCGCCGCCUCGUCGUCAACUACAUGAAUAAGAGCCAACGCUCCCCCGCCGGUGCAGAGCCCGUCAACGAGCCCUCCAAGACCCUCUUCAUCGGUAACUUGGCCUUCGAGAUGUCUGACGCCGACCUCAACAAGCUUUUCCGUGACAUCCGAAACGUCAUCGAUGUCCGAGUCGCUAUUGACCGCCGUACCGGCCAGCCCAGAGGAUUCGCUCACGCUGACUUUGUCGACGUUGAGAGCGCGAUUAAGGGCAAGGAUGCGCUGCUUGGAAAGGAGGUCUACGGACGUACCCUGAGAAUUGACUUCAGUGCCGGUAUCCGGGACAGAAGAGGUGAUGGAACCCCGCCUAGAGACACUCGUGUCGAUGCUCCUGGAGGGGCCGAGGAAUAG